AGCUGCGUUCUAAUCGAUCCCGCCAAAAGGGUGUGGUCUGAUGACGGGCGUUCGAUGAUUGGCUUGAAAUCUUACUAGACUCCGACCAAUAAUCGCCCGGCACUGUCCUUUAAAUACUGCGAGCGAUCACGUGAAAACUCAUUCAUAUUAUCUCGGUGUUAAUUAAUUGACUGAAGCGACAAUGAGCGGUAGAGGCAAAACAGGAGGCAAAGCUAGAGCUAAGGCCAAGACUCGCUCUUCCAGGGCUGGACUGCAGUUCCCCGUCGGCCGUGUCCACAGGCUGCUCCGCAAAGGCAACUAUGCUGAGCGCGUCGGUGCCGGUGCUCCGGUGUAUCUGGCAGCUGUGCUUGAGUAUCUAACUGCUGAGAUCCUGGAGUUGGCUGGAAACGCCGCUCGGGACAACAAGAAGACCCGUAUCAUUCCCCGUCAUCUGCAGUUGGCAGUGCGUAACGAUGAGGAGCUGAACAAACUGCUUGGCGGAGUGACUAUCGCACAGGGCGGUGUGCUGCCCAACAUCCAGGCGGUGCUGCUGCCUAAGAAGACCGAGAAAGCUGCCAAAGGCAAAUAAGCGCCCCAGAAAUCUACUCUAAAACCCAAAGGCUCUUUUAAGAGCCACCCACUCUGUCUGAGAAAGAGCUGAUUUUCUUAACACAACUUUAACAUAAUUUAGCUCGAGUAUAUCCUUUAUCAUAAGGGUGUAGUCUACUUGUAUGACCUGUUGCCUCUUAGAUUUUCACAAAGUGCUUUCAGAAACCUUUAGCACAUCCAGGCCUUUA